UCCUUUUUGGAAUACCAUUCCUUGCAUCCAUUGGAUCAUUGAUCAAUAAUCAUGCAUGGAGGAUUAUCAACAAUGCAAAGCAUCUGAUCCGAUAGAAAAUGGAUCGAUGUUCUUUGGUCAUGAGGCUCCUCUCUUGGAGAAUCUUAAUGUAACUCCUCUGGAUCCCCAAUUUCAAACAAUUAGGACGAUGUCAAUAAAAUUCUUCCGAGGGAUAUAGAUAAGAAAUUAGACAAAGAGAACCAACUGUCACCCCUCAAAGGAACUCGAACAAAUGGUGAGUAACUUUGGAUGUGGACAUCUUAGGCCUUCAGACAGAGCUUGCAUGAGUCAUCCCCAAGAGUUCUUUGAACCACCUCCACUCAUGAUUGAGAGGAGAAUGACCUUCUAAGCCCAUUGGCCUUUCCAAUAGUUCACCAAUGGUCAUGUCUAACUCAAAGGCAUAAAAGAGAGAGCAAUCCUUUGGAGGCAAUCCAUGUUUAAUACCUAACUUAAAAAAGAUAAUGAGAGUACUGCUGGGAGAUGGCUUGGAUUUCAAUUCCUUUGUAAUUUUGGGUAUUUGGUUUAUCAUGAAUAAAGUUGAUUGUUAUUUUGGUUGUUUGAAAUGUACUUUAAAUUUUAGGUUGUAAGAAAAUCUGAGCAAUGGAAUGAGGUUUAUCACUUUCGUUCUUGGCUCAAUAUAUGAUCAUAAGAUUUUUAAGGUACAUUUUGCUUGUGAUAAAAAUUGGUUUGCUUGUGCUUAGCAACCUUAGAAACCAAGAGCCGACGAACCAAACCAAAACUAACCCACCCACCCAAAAUGGUGAUCACUUGGAUGAUUUGACCUUCUUACAUGUGAGAAUUACCAAGAUGAUGCUUAUGCAUGAUUGUUUCUUACAACAAAUGGAACACACCCAUAUUUUAAUGGCAAAAUACACUUGUAUAGCCAAAACUUCGCGGUUGUGACAAUAAUAGCCAAUUUUGGAGAAAUACCACUUAUAGUCACUUCCGUCCUAUUCUUUAACGGUGUUAACGUUAAGUCUGACUGAACAAAUUAACAUAAAUGCUGACGUGGCGAGCACUUCUAGCCAAUUUUUUCUGUAAAAAUCCACAUGAAUUUAGAGAAUAGGAAAAAGAAUUAAGUGGAUAAAAUUUGAAAAGGCCUGGCAGCCCUUCUUCCUCCCGUCACCACCCUCCCUGCCUCCCACGCCCAUCUUCAUUCGCCGGCGGUCACAUCCCAGCAACCUUUCAACUCCCAUCUCUCCCCGAAAUAAAAUACAACCAAUAUUCAUGGAUUGGAAUCAAUUCAAGCAUGCCUAUCGGAUCACUCCAAGCCCCCACUACCAUAACCAAAAAAUGAUCCCCAAGUCUAAUUUUGCAUCCUUAGUUUGCUUGUUUACCCAAAAAUCCCCAAAAGGCCAAAACCAUCCAUUCGUUCCCACUCCUCUACUAGAUCUAGAUCGGCCACGACCUUCUUUUUCAGCCGCCGAUUUCCCAGUGACACCAGAGAUUGAAGUCAUUGUUGUCGGCUGUGGAAUCGGCGCCAGCCGACCUGACCCAGUGAGUAAAGAUGGGCAUGGGUGCGAUUGGGAAAUGCCAAUCGCUACUGCUGGCUGUGGAAUCGACGACUAGAGCAAAAAAGCAAGAAGCUAGCAUUUGUGGCAUCGUCGACUUCUACUCCUUCUUCUCUGCUCCACUGUGGCGGCUUCAUUCAAUCCGCCAUCAGCUGGUCCUUCAAUACACGAAUCAAAACCCAGAACCACGGUUCCCGAUGACGCUUUGUUUGAGCUUUGAGGAAAGACCUAGAUUCCAGCCAUCUCGAGAUCGGGGACGAAACAACCAGGUGCAAAUCUAGUAUCCUCAGAAGCCACACAUCAAAGUCGCCUCACCGAAAAUGGAAGAGGGCCAAGACUAGUUUCUCCUCGCUAUUUAGGAUUUGAUUUGGGGAUGGAUGAAAUGAUUCCCUUGUUCUUAGCGAGAGGAAGAAGAUGAAAGGGGAUCACCUGAAUUGUUUUUUAUUUGAUUUUGUGAUUAAAUAAAAUAAAAAUUAUUCGUUUAAUUUUUAAUUAAAAUAAAACAUGGCAUCUAAGUGUCAUCAACGGAUGAUUUGUCGCUGAUGUGUGUGAUGAUUUGACAUCCUAGUCAGCCUAAUGUUAACCUAACUCACGGAGAUUCUAACACCGUUAAAGUUUGUAACGGAAAUGGCUAUAUUUGUCAUAAAACUUUCAAAAUUCU